AUGCACAGUUCUGGUAAAGGUAUCUCUUCCUCCGCUAUUCCAUACUCUAGAAACGCUCCAGCUUGGUUCAAGUUAUCUUCUGAAGCUGUUGUUGAACAAAUCAUCAAGUAUGCCAGAAAGGGUUUAACCCCAUCUUCUAUUGGUGUCUUAUUGAGAGAUGCUCAUGGUGUCAGUCAAUCUCGUGUCAUCACUGGUAACAAGAUUUUAAGAAUCUUGAAAUCUAACGGUUUCGCUCCAGAAAUCCCAGAAGAUUUAUACUUCUUGAUUAAGAAGGCUGUCUCUGUCAGAAAGCACUUAGAAAGAAACAGAAAGGACAAGGACGCUAAAUUCAGAUUGAUUUUGAUCGAAUCUAGAAUCCACAGAUUAGCUAGAUACUACAGAACCGUUUCCGUUUUACCACCAAACUGGAAAUACGAAUCUGCUACUGCUUCUGCUUUAGUUAACUAG